AUGUAUACCGAGCCGAUAAAACAGCGCGGGAGACGGGGCAGCGAACGUGGCCGCCGCCAGCUCCAGUCGAGUAAACACCGCGAUAAGACUGAACAAGUUUACGUAAUUAUAUUAGCGGGAAAAGAAAGAAGUGGACUGCAGUGGGUGGUGUAACGGUUAUUGCCAUCGUUCAAGUAUUUUUCGAUUUCACAGGUAACUAUGUUUUUGUUUAUUCGUAGAGAUUUUUAUGCACACAUUGUCCAUAAUAAAAUAAGAGAGAUUUGUUUAAAUGUUCUUUUUUUUAUUUCAUUUUAUAACAAUGGAUUGUUGGCUCGAAAUACGGGGCACCUCGCAAGUAGCAAAAAUGUUUCGGCGCGUUCACCAGCAGAGUUUAAUGAAAAUAUUUCGGAAAAAAAUGUUUCUAGUUUGUCUUGAAGAAUAUUAUAUUAUUUACCUAGCGUCCUAAAGGACUAAUUUAUAAACCUAUUAUAUAUUUAUUAUAUUAUAUAAAUUAUGAACAGCAUGCCUAAUCAAAUUUUGUAAAAAAUUAUAUUAUACUAUUAUAUUUUCUUUAUAAAAUUGAAAUGCCUAAGGGCGCAGGGGAAUCUAUGGCCGAUUUUUUAAAAUUUAUUUUGUUCAUAAUUUAAAUUAUUAUAGGUAUAACAAUAGGUAUUGUCAACUAAUUUCAGAGUUUGGUAAACACUGAUGGUCAUAGUACUGAACAGGAACGACAAAAUACAUCUGUUAGUGAAAGUGUUGUACCUCAAGAAAGAACUACUUCAAAAAAAAGAAAAUAUGAGGAAUCGUACUUGUCCUUUGAAUUUAUUCCUGUAGGAUGGACAAUUGUGAACUACGUUAAAUCACGUCCACUUAAGUCGAGGCUUUUUAAAAAAGUGUGCGACGAUAUAGGUAGUCAGCAUCAAUCACUUUUUCUUCACACCUAA